AUGGCAGGAAAAAAGAAAAGUGGAAGAGGUGGUAGGAAAGGAAGGAAACAAGAAUCGAAAUUAAUCGACGAGUAUCAACUUCGUCGCGAUUUAAGAGCGGGAACCGAAGAAACGGAAGAUUCUUUCGACAUGGAGGAUAAAACUUUAAUUGAAGAAAAAUUAUCCGAAAAGGAAGCCGAAUUAAUAAACGAAAUUUCAUCGGAAAUUAGAAUCGGUGGUAUUGAAGGAGGAGGUACACAUUCAACACUUAUAAUAAUCAAUCAGAAAGGAGAGAAAUUGAUAGAAGUUAAGGGCCCCGACACCAACCAUUGGAUUCUGGGAAUGAAAGAAACGGCUGCUAGGAUUAAUUCUAUGAUCGAACGUGGAAAAGAAUUGUUGAACAUACCGAAAACGGUUCCAUUGGACUGCGUGGGUUUAAGUUUGAGUGGUUGCGAGGAAGAAACUACCAAUCGUUUGUUAACUAAUAUUCUUCUCGAGGAAUAUCCAGAUGCUGCUAAAGAUUAUUGCGUUAGUUCCGAUACAUUGGGUAGUCUCAGAACUGGUCUAGAAGUUGGUGGGGUUGUAUUGAUAGCUGGAACAGGAAGCAAUGCAUUACUUAUCAAUCCAGAUGGUAAAACUCAUGGAUGUGGUGGAUGGGGUUAUAUGAUAGGGGAUGAAGGCAGCGCAUAUUGGAUCGCAUACCGAGCUUGCAAAUACGUUUUCGAUGACAUGGACGACCUAGUAAAAUCUCCCUAUCCCAUAUCUUACGUUUGGCCAGCUAUGAGAGAUUUUUUUAAAUUAACAGACAGAACAAGCAUGCUACCACAUUUGUAUUCCAAUUUUGACAAAAGUAAAUUCGCUAUGUUCGCUAAAGAAAUUGCGAAUGGUUGCGAUAGAGAAGAUUCUCUUUGUCUUUCGAUUUUUAAAGAAACCGGCCGAUUACUUGCUCGCCAUGUUGUUGCACUUUCCAAAAAAGCUCAUAACGAUCUUAAACUAAGUGAUGGUGGUCUUAAAGUGAUAUGUGUUGGAUCCGUAUGGAAAUCAUGGAAAUUCAUGAAAGAGGGUUUCAUAGAUGAGAUUCAUAGUGGAUUGAUCAUAGAUGAACUUAGUCUUCUCAAUUUAACAGCCACUUCCGCGUUGGGAUCGUCCUAUUUAGCUGCUGAACAAAUGAAUUGCCCUUUCGUUAAACCUUACAACGAAAACGUGCAAGUAUUCUUCCAUUAUAAACGUGAUCAUUAUGGUAAAAUAGAAAAUAUCGAUGAUAAUAAUAAAUCAAGUAGGACUAUGGAUACCUUACGGUACGUUACGUGCGAUAAAAUAUGAUAAAGAUUCAAUUGUACGUGUAAAAAAAAUGUAGCUAGAUAAAUAUUUAUUAUAAUUAGAAUAUUUAAUGUUCCUGCCUGAAAAAAAAAUGAAAAUGUCUGAAGAUUGUACAUCGAUACGAAUUAAUUGAUACAUGUGAAACAAUUGGGUUUUUUUCUUUUUUUUUUUCAGAAAUGCAAAUAAUAAAA